AUGCCUGAUAAACAUACCGACUCAACAGGAAUAAUUCCCGAAAGUACCGUCCAACAUCAGGAUGAACAACAACAACAACAACUGCUGCAAGAUGGAGACAUAAUUCUCACUAGUGAUAAUUAUUCAGAAGAUUCGGACUUAUCUUCCAAAAGAAAGUUAAUAACUGAUUUAUUAGCUAAAGAUUCAAUUCAAGAAGGAGAUGAAAGAUGUGUUCUUCCUGAAAAGUUUCUCGAUGAAUUUUUAAACUCAUCAAUUACAGAUUUUUCAACCUUGAAACAAGAAUUAGGUCCAAUUGAUUUACAUUCAAUUACAGAUCAGAAUGGAAAUUUAUUUGCAGAAGAUGAACAGGAAACAGCAAAGAUAGCACACGUACCUGUAGAAGUAUUCAACUAUUUGGGGAAAUGGUUUGGCAUUUUGGGACAACCUGUAUUUAGAGCUAUUAUCUUCAAUCCAGAAACUGGACUCAAUGAGCUUGAAAGAUUCCCUGUGUUUUUCUGGGUUCAUCAAUUAGGUAAAAAGACUCAGCCAACCUAUCUUAGACAUCGUCAUAAUGCUCAUCACCAACAUGUUAGUCAUCAUGAUGCACCAAUCCCAGUAGUUCUUUCAAGAACAGCCACUUUUUAUAAUUUAUUGGAUGUUAUUCGUAACGUGGUGUUGAAAGCACCUCGUAAGUCCAUGUCGGAUUACAGAAUAUGGUUUAUCAAUCCUCAGAAUAAUGACUUGCCCUUCUUGGUUUCAUUGCAGACUUUCUUUUUUGACAUCCCCAAGAAAAGCUUAGUUAUGCCAAAUUUACUUUCUGAAAAGUUAAAAAACCAAGGCAUCAUUUAUACACCUUACCAGGUAAUGGUUGAAGUAAAAGAAAAGAACCAAGAAGAGUUCCCUAUUGACCAAUUCAUCUUAUCUCAUUCGGAUGCUUACAACGAUCCGGGUCAAGGAGGCGGUCAUUUGGGUUUGAAUAACUUGGGAAAUACAUGUUAUAUGAACUCUGCAUUACAAUGUCUUUUGCAUGUACCAGAAAUUAACUAUUAUUUUUUCUACAAUAUUUAUAAAAAGGAGUUAAAUACCGAUAAUCCGUUGGGUUAUCAUGGUGAUGUUGCUAACGCCUUUGGUUCUUUGUUGAAACAGGCUUUUGACCAUGCCAAAAAUAGCUCUAGCAUCGCACCAAGAGAAUUUAAAUCCACAAUUGGAAGAUAUUCGUCAAUGUUUUCUGGUUACCUCCAACAAGAUUCACAGGAAUUAUUGAGUUGGUUAUUGGAUGCUCUUCACGAAGAUUUGAAUAGGAUUCAACAGAAGCCAUACUGUGAAAAACCAGAAUUAAAAGAUGAUGAAAUUAACAAUCCACAAGCAAUCAUGCGAUUAGCAGAUACUUGUUGGAAUCAACACAAAGCAAGAAAUGACUCUGUGAUAAUUGAUUUAUUUACCGGGUUAUACCAAUCGACGUUAAUAUGUCCUGAUUGUGGAAAGACUUCCAUUACAUUUGAUCCAUUUAAUGACUUGACAUUGCCAUUACCAAUAAGUAAGAAGUGGUAUCAUACAUUUACCAUAGUAGAUUUAUCAAAUCCAGGUGUAAUUCCAAAAAGAAUUAUGAAGUUGGAAGUUGAAUUAAACAAAACUUCAAAUUUCGAUGAUUUAUUGGGUUAUCUUAGUAACUUUUUGAAGGUUGCAUCUAAGGACUUGUUUCUUUAUGAAUUGUUUCAGAAUGCAAUUUAUAGUGAUUUUCAAUUAGACUAUAGCAAGAACAAGUUUAUGCCGAUUAGUGAUAUCAUAAGAGACACUGAUGAUGUGGUUGUUUAUGUCAUUCCUCACAAUCCGGAAACCGACGUCAUUGUUCCAGUAUUUAACGCAGUGGAAGAUGCUGAUACUUCUUAUCAAAUGGCUAAUUUCUUUGGUAUUCCUUUGUUUGUUGUUUUAAAUAAGGAAGUGGAUUUGAAUAGUUUUGGGUUCAUUAGAAAGAAAUUGGUUGAAACAGCUUCAUUAUUAACGAAUAUUGAUUUGGUUGAAGAAUACGAUAAGAUAAAGAAAAGCUGCCAGGAUUUCGUAGAAAAGGAAUUCUACACAAAACUGGACUUUCCUGCAUUGCCUGCAAAUGGUGAAGAUGAUAACAAAGAUGAUGAUGAUGAAGGUUAUGACAGUGAUGUUUCUUUAGCUAAUCCUUACCUUGGUGCUAACUUUGGAUUCAAGAUCUUAUAUGUCCAUGACUACAGUCCAAAGUUGAAUACCAAUUAUCGUGGACGCUAUAAUUUCAAUCAAAGUUCCAAAAUCAGGCAAGCAGAAAGAGUGAUAAAUGUCCCUACCCAUAAGCCAACAUUUAGUGACUUCAAGCAAUUGGCAGAUCUGUUACCUGAAAUGAAAAGAAACUAUUAUCACUAUCCAGAUUAUCAGAAGUUAGACGAUGAGAUGGAUAAAUUGGUAGAUGAAGUGAAUCAAAAUUUGGCUGACCAAGCAGAUAUUGCCUCCUCUGAUUCAUCAGAAACCGGUAGUUUGAAAGCUGCUGAAGAGCCUGAUGGGUUCGUAUUAGUUGAUAAUGAAAGAACCUCGAAACAAUCUGAUUCUAGUCGUACUGUUCAGCAACCAGCUGGUGCUUCAUUAGGAGGUGAAAGUAGCAAUUCAGUGCAGAUGAACUCAUCAGAUGAGGAAACAGAAAGUGAAGCCAAUUUGGGUAGCUUGUUUGACUCUACUGCAAAUAUUCCAUUACCACCUCCUUCAACAUAUUCUGAUUCUACUAAACCUUCAAAUAUAAAUUCUCCAAUGGAGAGUAAUGAUGAUGGUUCAUCUACUGAUCUAGCUUCAUCAACCUUGAUUUCUAAAGAUACUGUAUUAUUGUGUGAUUGGGAUAAUGAAAUUUUCCAACGUUGUUUUGGUGAUGCAUCCUUAACUACCUGGGAGAAUAUACCAAGCUUGCCAAAUCAAGAAUUAGAAAAAAGCAAAGCUCAUUUUGAAAGACAAAGAAAGGCUAAGAUUACAUUGCAAGAUUGUCUCAAAAGUUUCAGUACUCCAGAGGUUUUAGGUGAACAUGAUUUGUGGUAUUGUCCAAAUUGUAAAGAUCAUAAACGUGCUACAAAAACUAUUCAGCUUUGGUCAACUGGUGAUAUCCUCACUAUUCACUUGAAAAGAUUCCACAGUGCUCGUGCAUUUAGUGAUAAGAUCGAUGUCUUGGUUGAUUUCCCUAUUGAAGGUUUGGAUAUGAGUCAAUAUGUUGCCAAUCCAAGUAUCACCGUGGAUGACAGUAUUUAUGAUUUAAUUGCUGUUGAUAACCAUUAUGGUGGUCUAGGAGGUGGACAUUAUACUGCAUCAGUAAAGAAUUUCCGUGAUCAUAAGUGGUAUUAUUUCAAUGAUAGUCGCGUUACAGAGAUUCCUAACCCUGAAGAAGUUGUUGCCAAUUCUGCGUAUCUUUUGUUUUAUCGUAAAAGAAGUUCUAUAGCUAAUGGUAUUUUGGGAGGAGAGAAUUUCAUUGAAUUACUUCAAAAGGGAAGAAAUGAAUACACUGAAGCAUUACAAAUCAAAAAGCGUAUACUACAAGAAGUUGGCAAUUUAGUUAAUUCAUACACAAAGAUAGAGCAAGACUUGAUUGAACAGCAAGAAAAAAUGAAUAAUCAAGAGAAAGAAGAAGAACAGUCGUCAGAUAGCAAUGAAUCAUCUAAAAAAUCAAGACCAUUUGAUGAACUUCAAGACUCAAAAUCUACAUCUUCACCUACCGGAAAUGCUCAGUUUAACUUUGACGAAGAUAACGAUUAUGAUUAUGAAAAUGAAAAUGAAGAUACUGAUAAUGAUAAUGUUCGUAAACAAAGACUAGUUUCCAAAGAUAGCAAUAGCAAUAAGUUGGUUCAUAUUAAGAGUAAUGGUAGACAAGAGGUUACUUCCUCUCCUGUUCCAAUAGAAACUGAUGGCGAAGGCGACUGCGAAGGUGAUUAUGCAACUAGUCUAGCUACUGAAACAACAUCUGUGCCGACUAAUAAUGAUGAAGAUGAGCAAUAA